AUGUUCACGACGCGUGCAACCGUGACUGGAUUUCUACCACUGCCACUAUUGAUACGCACCAAAUUCAUCUCGCUCGAGCAUGACAAGGAAAACAUACACCCAGCAAAAGCUGGCAGACUCAGUGUCAAUUCGCCUGCGGCCAUCGACCGUCUCAUAAAGCCUUUCAAAUGUCCCGGCUCAGCCAAUUCCCGCAAGUCCAAAGGCGAGCCUGCCAGAAAGAGAAGAAAGGUCAAUUAUGCUGAAGUGGACGGCGGAGCUGAAGAUACAAGUGGUGGUUUUACGCUCGAUGAAGAUUCUGUGACUCUCAAAGACCGGUUUCCAAUCUUCAAGGUCAAGGAUAAAGAAACGACGUUUCGAGCUCGAUUCUCCAUCCCUUUAAUCAACAAGAAUGCCUUUGAUCCGUCACGACCAGCGCCUAGUCUGGGAAUGCGCCUAGGUCAUGGUUUCGUCAAUAAGCCUUUACAUGAUCCCAGUGGAGAAUUCGCAAUCGUCCUAUAUGACCCAACUAUAGACGAGAAGCCUGAGGAGAAUGCUACGGACAAACAAGAGGAGGAAAAGCCGAAGCUUGACACACCUCUCAUGCACAAAAGCUUGGCCGAAAUACUUGGUAUUAAGAAACAAGUAGAAGGCGAGAGACCCAAAGUACCGGUGGUCAUUGAUCCAAGGCUGGCCAAAGUACUGCGGCCCCAUCAGGUGGAAGGAGUCAAAUUUCUGUACAGAUGUACCACAGGUCUUGUGGAUGAGAAGGCCAAGGGUUGCAUUAUGGCGGAUGAAAUGGGCUUGGGAAAGACUCUUCAAUGCAUCACCCUCAUGUGGACAUUACUCAAGCAAUCUCCGGAGGCCGGCAAAUCCACAAUUCAGAAAUGUGUUAUUGCAUGCCCUGCCAGUCUGGUCAAAAACUGGGCAAAUGAACUUGUUAAAUGGCUCGGCGAGGGCGCUAUCAACCCCUUUGCCAUUGACGGAAAGGCGACGAAGGAAGAGCUCACGAUGCAAUUGAAACAAUGGGCAAUGGCUACCGGCCGAGGCAUUGCGAGACCCGUCCUGAUCGUGUCCUAUGAAUCCCUCAGGUUGAAUAUCGAGGAGCUCAAAGACGUUAAGAUCGGGUUGAUGCUAUGUGAUGAAGGUCACCGCUUGAAGAACUCCGAAAGCGAGACAUAUAUGGCAUUGACCGGUUUGAAUGUUGACCGACGGGUCAUUCUGUCAGGGACACCUAUCCAGAACGAUCUCACUGAGUAUUAUGCCUUGCUGGAUUUCGCAAAUCCGGGUUACCUGGGGACCAAGGCCGACUUCCGGAAGAAAUUCGAACUGCCUAUUCUCCGCGGUCGCGAUGCUGCCGGAUCAGACGCGGACAAGAAAAAGGGUGAAGAAGCCAAUGCCGAGCUGGGGUCGCUGGUCAAGAAAUUCAUCAUCCGAAGGACGAACGACAUCCUAUCCAAAUACUUGCCUGUCAAGUAUGAACAUGUGGUGUUCUGCAACCUUGCCCCAUUUCAGAAAGAUCUUUAUAACCACUUCAUUCAAAGCCCUGACAUCAAGAGUCUAUUAAGAGGCAAAGGCAGCCAGCCGUUGAAGGCAAUCGGGAUUCUCAAGAAGCUGUGCAAUCACCCCGAUCUUUUGGACCUGGAGAAGGACCUUCCAGGGAGCGAGAAGUAUUGGCCUGAUGACUAUGUUCCCAAAGAGGCUCGUGGUCGCGACCGUGAUGUCAAAUCAUGGCACUCUGGCAAAUUUUCGGUUCUAGAGCGUAUGCUUGCUCGGAUCCGUCAAGACACAAACGACAAGAUUGUGCUCAUUAGCAACUACACUCAGACUUUGGAUGUCUUUGAAAAGCUAUGCCGUGCACGCAAUUACGGAUGUCUUCGACUCGACGGCACCAUGAAUGUCAAUAAACGACAGAAGCUCGUGGACAAGUUCAACGAUCCAAACGGGGAAGAAUUCGUCUUCUUAUUGAGCAGCAAGGCCGGUGGCUGUGGUAUCAACUUGAUCGGUGCCAAUCGUCUUGUUCUGUUUGACCCGGAUUGGAAUCCGGCAGCUGACCAGCAGGCUCUUGCUCGUGUGUGGCGCGAUGGCCAGAAAAAGGACUGCUUCGUGUACAGGUUCAUGGGGACAGGUACCAUCGAAGAGAAGAUUUUCCAGCGCCAAUCACAUAAGCAGGCCCUUUCGUCGACAGUGGUGGAUUCGGCGGAAGAUGUCGAGCGGCAUUUUACUCUCGAUUCCUUGCGAGAGCUGUUCCAGUUCAAACCGGAUACCACCAGUGACACCCAUGACACAUUCAAAUGUAAACGGUGCAAACCAGACGGCACACAACAAAUCAAGCGCCAGCCAUGCUUUACGGUGACACAAGCUCUUGGAAUCAUUUCGUCAACUCUGGAGAGAAGGGCCCUCUCGGCAAGAUUCAAGACCUCUUGCUCCGACAAGAGGCGUCGGAAGAGGCAGUGA